AUGUGCCGCAUCACUCGCCUCCGCUGCCAGGUCUGCCAGCCUCCCUGGACAAACGCGGAACUCAACGGCAAGGCUAGCUCCACGACGGAACGAACAUACCGCUUCCGCCCCUGCGCGCAGAUCAAGCGUCUCGCGGCAUCGGCGUCGUCUCUUUCGUCUUCGCUGGCCGCGACAUCCGCGACAUCCGACGCAGGCGCCCGCUAUGGUGACAACCGCUAUCAUGGCAGCAGCAGCAGCAGCGACACCAGCAAGAACAUCCUCCCACACGGCACGCGCCUCCACUGUCCGAACCUCGUCUGGCCACUACCGCCAGAUAGCCGACGGGCGGCGGUUGAGGACUUUAUCUGCGACGCGUGCCUGCACAGCGGCGUGACGCACUACCACUGGACGGUGCGGGAGAAGCAACUCGAGGCGUUGAGAGUGAAUACGUUUGGGCAGCGUGCGCCACGAGGUGACGCUUCAUCUUCUUCACCUGCGGCACCCGCGCAACAGCAGACACAGCAGGUACCAUUACCACCAAACGCUGAGGGAUUCGUGCUGCCGGCGGCGUCGCAGGUCCAAGGGAGCUUUCCGCCAGAGUGGGACACGCUCGUGUCUAACGAGAUGCGCUCGCGCGUGUUUGCUGAGCACAUUGAGCAGCUGCAUGCGAACAGCAUGAGCAGCAACACCUUCAUGGCGGACGCGCUGCCCGAGGCCGACUGGACCCCAAGACUGUCCGAGGGUCCGCACUGCCAUCUGACGCUUUGGAUACCCUGCUGCAAGCUGUGCCGGGAGCCCGUGUUGCGAGGAGGUCAAGGGGAGCGUGGGUUCGAAGACCUCGAGUUUGAGUCCAACUCGGUGCUGUGGAAGUGGCUUGGACGGCUGCCCGAGCGGUCUGGCAUGGCCACGACGAUUAGCACGGGGUUUCUGCACAAGCCGUGCGCGGCGUGCAUUGAGCGCGAGGUGGCGCUUCGCGGUCGGGUCGGGUGGUUCCUUCGCGGCUCUGACAAUGUCCAUGCGUGGGCAGUCUGGCACUGGCUGCUCGUGCGAGGCAGCGGACAGGUCGACUUUUGGUCUCACGAGGUCGCCAACAUUGGACUGCCGCCCGGACGGCCCUGGGAGUCCAAGUUCUACAUGACCGUCAUGGCGGAGGCCUGGUGGCACCGGACAGGGCUGGCAUGGGAAGAUGUCGGUGAGCUGCAGCCGCCGACGACCCAGAAGGAUCUCCUCACGAGCUACCACAAGGCGACGGCUCUGGUCAGCUUGACGCAGUGGAAGGACCUGGUCAAGUUUCUCGCGCCGGCUGAUAAAUUCCCGCCUGCACCUUCGUUGGACGAGCUCGAAACCAUGCUCGGGGACCACAUGGUCAUUGAUGACAUCCCGCCGCAGGAGAUCACUCCUGUCGAACCGCCGAAACAGCCUGUGACCAGACGGAAUGUGACGAGCGCUCUGACCGAGCUGCAAAUCACCACGACCCAUGCGAAGGAAUUGCCCAGGCGCGACAGGACGACGCUGCGACACUGCGGGAAGGUGGCGAAGAGGUUCGUCACUUUCGCGGGCAUCUUCAUUGACCCGGCCACAGGAAGAGCCGUGAGGAUGCAGGAUUAUCGCUCUGGUGAAAAGCACAGACAGGACGACGCGGCCACGGAGGGGUCACUGCCCAAGAGAUCACGCUUGUCGGGAGGAGGGCAACGUGAUGAUUCUGGCGACCACGACGACCGCGACGACGACAGGCUUCUACCACCGCCAGCAUUCACGCAUGUGGCCGAUGGAUAUCCAACUCCAGAAGAGCCCCGGGCGGUAGGGGCAGGUCAGGACGAGGAGGGAAGCCAACUUGUCAAGUGUCGGUGUGGAUACUCGCACAUGCCGAACGGCGCUGCCGAUGCGAAGGCAUCCUGGAGUGUAGAGCUCGGCUUGAGACGCGACUGA